CCGGCACCUGCUGAGCUGGAAGCGGCCGGUCCCUCCCCCCGCCUCCCUCCCGCCAGCCCCUCGCCGCCGCCUCCCCAGCCGUUGAGAGGCUGCAGCCAGACGCGGCUCCGGCAAAAGUUUUGAGCGGAGAGGAGCCGCGGAGCCGGCGCCGGGGCACAUCAGCCGGCAGCCGAGGACCUCGACCCUUUGCCCCGCCAUGCGCCCGGGAGGCGCCGACGGCCGGGGCUAGCCAGGUAGUUGCAUUUCGAUAACGAGAAUUAAACAUUACAAGGUGUUGAACACUGAUCUGGCACAUUGAAUAUGCUGUUUUGACUCUUGAUGUACAUCCGUUGUAGAAUUCAUCUAUCUAGAACACAACCUAGAAGCACAUUCAGAGACUCAAGAAUGUUCCUUGCUAAGCCAGUGCCAGAACAUUCUGUUGGAAGCCAAGCUCCGGGAUCAUCCCCAAUGCGUUUUCGCAGCCCUCCGGAGGGAUGUCCCAAAUGCACUUCCUCAGUAUCCUGCUGGCGUUGCUUUUGUGCCUCCAGGGACCCUCAGCACAGACGAUGGAUUUCCUCUUUGAGAACUGGAAGGCCUACAGCAAAGAGUGCUUUCACAACAUGAGUCUCCUGGCACCGCCUACUGAGCUGGUCUGCAACCGAACCUUUGACAAGUACUCAUGCUGGCCCGAUGCCCAGCCCAACAGCACUGUCAAUGUUUCGUGCCCCUGGUUCCUGCCCUGGUAUGAUAAAGUGAAGCACGGCUACGUAUUCAAGAAGUGUGGUCCAGAUGGCCAAUGGGUGACAAGUCCGGAAGGGAAGUCCUUGCGCGACGUCCGCCAGUGUAUGAUGGACAAUGAGACCAUCCUAGAACAAAACAAAUUUGCCAAGAUCUAUGGCAGCUUCAAGGUGAUGUACACAGUGGGCUACUCGGUGUCCCUCUGCGCCCUGAUCCUCGCCUUGGCUGUGCUACUCGGCUUCAGCAAGCUGCACUGCAUGCGCAACUACAUCCACAUGAACCUCUUCGCCUCCUUCAUCCUGAAGGGCAUCUCGGUGCUUAUCAUCGACACGCUGCUCAACACCCGCUACAACGAGAAGAUUGACGACUACAGUGUGCGGGUCUGGCUGAGUGAUGAGGCAGCAGCAGGGUGCCGUGCAGCCACUGUGUUUAUGCAAUACGGCAUUGUGGCCAACUACGGCUGGCUGCUGGUGGAGGGGAUCUACCUACACAACUUGCUGGUGCUGGCUGUCUUCUCCGAACGCAGCUACUUCGCCCUCUACCUCUGCAUUGGCUGGGGUGCCCCCAUUCUCUUCAUCGUGCCAUGGAUGGUGGUGAAAUUUCUUUAUGAAAAUAUUCAGUGCUGGAGCACCAACCACAAUAUGGGUUUCUGGUGGAUCCUGCGUUUCCCUGUAUUCCUUGCCAUCUUGAUCAAUUUCUUCAUUUUCAUCCGUAUCAUUCAGAUCUUGGUCUCCAAGCUCCGGGCUCACCAGAUGCGCUACACAGACUACAAAUUCCGGCUGGCCAAGUCAACACUAACACUUAUCCCAUUGCUGGGUAUCCAUGAGGUGGUGUUUGCCUUUGUCACGGAUGAACAUGCCCAGGGCACACUGCGCUACGUCAAGCUCUUCUUUGACCUCUUCCUCAGCUCCUUCCAGGGAAUGUUGGUGGCCAUUCUCUACUGCUUUGUGAACAAAGAGGUACAGUCAGAGCUCAUGAAAAAAUGGACCCGCUGGAAGCUUGGCCGGGACAUAGAAGAGGAGUACAAGCACACGUACAGCCACACCCCCAACGUCCGCAACGGAGGGGGCAGCACUUGUGAGAAGCACAAGCUGGUUGGCAGCUACCUCAAUGGGCUGGGCCGCAGCCAAGGAACAGUGCACACCAGCACACAGUAUCUCGAACGGACAGGCUGCAGUGCCAGCGAGCACCUGGCUGUAGGAGAGCGGCCCCAUUGCUACGAGUGCCGCAACACGGCUGAGAGCAACUUCUGAAGUAGCUUAGCCAUCUGCCUUGGACCUAUGGGACCUACCCCACUCCUUGCUCCUGAGGCAGUCCUACCAUGGAAAAAUGUGGGCAGCUGACAGCCCAGGACGUGGACUUGAAUGUGCGUAGUGGGACAUGUGACUGAAAACUCUGUCCUCUGUCAAGCUGCCUGGAGCCAGCAGGACGCUGAAAGUUCUUCUCUAGGUUUGAGAUUCAUCAGUGAGACUCGCUGCACAGUUCUCCGUGGGUGAGCCUCAAUGUAUGUGAGCAGGAUGGGUUACAAGGUUGCCUUGUGCCAGCCUGGCCGCGAGAGUGCCAAUCAAGCUUUGUACAACAAGGAAUUCUGUACCAUUCUAAGGGCUCUGAAAGUCUUCAUUGGCUAUUGUGCCAUGAUCAGAAUUGAUCAGCCUCCUGGACAUCUUCGAAAAUCUUAGGUUUUGUUUUUCAAAAUCCAAGUUUCUCACCCUCAAAAAGGUUGCAAAUGUGCUGAGAGUUUUUGCUAAAUAGUUAGAGGGGCUGUGCAAUUUUUUCCCCAUAUUGGGCCGUUUCCACACGGCUUACUGCCGCUCAUAACAACCCGGAAGAUUGCACAAAAACUGUGGAAGAUCACAUUUUCUCGCACGAGAUUUGCGCAACGUCACAUGACAUCGCACAAAUCUCACAUGAGAAAACGCGAUCUUCCAUGUUUUUUGCACAGUGUUCUGGGAUGUUACGAGCAGCAGUAAGCUGUGUGGAAAUGGCCUUGGUUAGGGGGUAUGACACAUUCGGAGCUAUCAGCCAUUCCCUUAAUGUUUGCCAUUUUCCUUCCUCCCUCUGCAGCUCCUAAUCACAUCUGAACACCAAAUUCGGCAACAACAGCUUCCAAACAAAUGUUAAUGUAAAACACGUGCAUUUAUACACAGUUGUCCAACGUGGCUAAGUAUCCCAACUGCAUGUAGGGAUAGCAUCUUCUUAAGCCUUUCCCUCUGUCCAGUUAUCCUGCUGAAAAUCGCUAUUCUCCAAAUGUUGCUACAGCUGUAUGCUUACACCUGCUGCAAAAGCAGCUUGAGGAAGAUGAUUUUCAAUAGGGACUAGGGGGAUUAAAAAGCCCUUCUUCCUCCGCCCCAAGCUACUCUUCCCCUUUAAAUUGUAACUUCAGCGGCUGCAUUGUUUAAACGUUUAAAAAUGUGAAAAGAGUCAUAGAGCAUGGAUAGUGCCUCGUUGGGUACAAGCCCUUUUGCACAUAUGGCUGCAUAGCCUCUUGGUAAAGGGCUUCUUUGCCUGCUGGGCACAUGGGAUGGUGAGUGGUCCUAUACCACUUGGAGGGGACCUUGAUCAGCAGAGAGUCCACUGAUCUUAGGAGUGGGGGUAUGGGAGGUGUUGCUCCUGCCGUUGGGAGAGAACAGCGUUGCCAUACUAUGUAUAUGUGGAAGUGACGAUGCUCAUUUAAAUGAGAAGCAUCACUGGUUGUCAGCCAUCACAUGUAUGGGAGUACUAUUGUGCCUGCAUUGUGAUAUGCUUGCUCCUUUUGCUGUGGAGUAACUUCUGUCUCGGGUGACUUUGUAAAUCUGUAUGUGUCGGCAAUGCACCCUCUGAGGGCUACCACCUCAGUGUCUGUUUAUGUCUGUCUGUCAUUGCCAAUGUUUGGGGACUGAAGACCCCAAUAAACUUCACUAUAUGUC